AUGAGUCUCCGCCUCUUCUUCGCGAUCGACCUCCCUCCAUCGGUCCGACAAGCGAUCGAUACCUGGCGCGUCUCCCGGCGCUUCCCCGGUCGCCCGGAACCAACUCCAAAUCUGCACAUCACACUCGUCUUCCUCGGAUCAUACCCCGCCGACCGCGGGUCGCUGGACGCGCUGUACGAAGUCGCGGCCCGCGCCCCGCUGCGCCCGUUUGACAUAGCGCUUGACCGAGCAACGCGCUGGCGAAAUGGCAUCCUGCACCUUGCGCCGUCAAGAAUACCGCCUGAACUGGCCGAACUGCACAAAGCGCUGAAUGAAGGGUGUGCCGAACUGGGACUGAAGGUGGAUCGGAGGAGGUUCAGUCCCCAUGUCACCCUGGCUAGGGAGUGCCCUCCGUGGAGAGUGAAGCGGCCGCCAGGGUUCGCUUGGAAGGCGAACAAGCUGACGCUGUUCAGCUCGGAGAGAGGGGAGACAGGGAUCACGUAUCGUCCGAUACGAGAGUGGGACAUGACUGAGGCGGAGGUGGUAUCAGGACAUGGUCAGCCGUCGGCGCCGCCUAACACCGUGGAAGUCGAGAGUACCUGA